ACAACGAGAAGAAGAUGCUACUCAUCGGCAAUCUGUGUGAGAGAGAGAGAGAGCAAUUCUGAUUGAAUAAUUCAAAGCGCUGUCGUUUCGCUUCCGUCGUUGCGCGUUGAUCGGGGAAGGAGAAAAUGGUGAAUCGACGGUUCACUCAGGUCGCCACCAGCGACGAUGAAGAGGAAGAAACGCCACCUCAGCAAUUGAAGCCGCGCAAAAGGAAGAGGAUGAAGCUUCUGGAGGAAGACAACGAAGACAAAGAUGGAGAGGAUUACGAGGAGGAAGAGGAGAAGAAGAAGAAGAAAAAGUCCAGGAAGAAGAAGGAAGAGGAAGAAGAAGAAGAACAAGAGGAACCGGAAUCGCCGCAGCCUCCGGAGGACGCUAAGCCCAUUGGUGAUCCGGUUAGGUUUUCAGGGAAAGGAAGGGGCAGGAAGAAGCAUUUCAAUUCCUUCGAGUUCGAUGGAAGUCAAUACACUCUUGAGGAUCCUGUUCUUCUUGUGCCUGAGGAUAAAGAACAGAAACCCUACGUCGCUAUUAUUAAGGAUAUAACUCAGCCUUAUAAUGGCAACAUCAUGGUGACGGGGCAGUGGUUUUAUCGUCCUGAAGAAGCUGAGAAAAAGGGUGGUGGAAGCUGGAUAUCACGUGAUACGAGGGAGUUGUUUUAUAGCUUCCACACGGAUGACAUCCCUGCAGAGUCUGUUAUGCAUAAGUGUGUGGUACAUUUUAUUCCCUUACACAAACAGCUUCCAAAAAGGAAGGAACAUCCCGGAUUUGUUGUACAGAAGGUGUACGACACUGUGGAAAGAAAACUCUGGAUGCUGACUGAUAAGGACUAUGAGGAUAUUAAACAGCAAGAGAUUGAUGAGCUUGUUAAGAAAACUGUGGAACGUAUCGGUGAACCACUCGACGUUGAGCCUGAAGAUGCCCCUGAUGAUCAAGAAGACCUGGUGAAAAAUAAAAGAAGUUUAAGGAGAAAGAGUGUUUCACCACCUGAUGUUUCAAAGGAGGAGGAAGGAGUUCCUAAGAGUGACCAGCAUCCAAAGCCUGAAACACCAGGGAGUUGUAUAAAUAAUGCCUCAGAGCAUUAUCGCAUAUUAGUGAGUUUCAAUGCUCUAACUGGAGAUGUUCAGCGUGACAAAUGGUUGGAGAGAUCUCUUCAACACCUUCAGUACAUGUGUAGUUCUGAUGAUAGUACAGAAAGGGACAACAAAGGAUCAAAUGUCAAUUGUGAUGAAAUCAAGCAUCAAAACAGUAAUACAAGUUCAGAAAUAGCAAAUGACUGUCAAGACAAGGGUCAAAAGAGUUCCAAGCCUUUUAAAUGGCCAGAUGCUGCUGUUUCAGCCAUAGUUGCUCUUGAAAAAGCUUCACAUGAUGCUUUCUCAUCAGAUUUUCAGAAGUAUAACCAAAAGUUACGGCAAUUAACUUUUAAUCUCAAGAACAAUGCAUUCCUAGCUCGUCGUCUAUUAAAUGGAGAGCUGGAACCUUCCAAAAUACUAAAUAUGACAUACAGUGAAUUAAAGGAGGGUUUGACUGCGGAGGAAAAAACCAAGAAGGAGCCGGAUGAGUCAGAGCACAUGCAAAUGACAGAUGCCCGCUGCUCAAGAUGUAUGGAGUUUAAGGUGGGAUUGAGGGACAUUAUCCAUGCUGGACAUAAUGACCGUUAUCAGCUGGAAUGUGUUUCCUGUGGUAAUUCCUGGUAUGCCUCCCGGGAUGAGGUAUCUUCGCUAACCAUAGAUGGAUCAGAUUCAAAGAAAAGCAUAGGCACAGCGCCAUGGGCCACUGCAAAAUUUGAAGUUAUUCAGAAGAAGCUGCUGAGCCCCCGCGAAUCUGAAAACUCAGCCAAUGAUAUAUCUGGGAAAACAAAUGAAUUGGGUAUCGCCGUUAAUGACACCCAGAAACCAAUUGGCAUGCCCAAGAAAGAUGAGAAUGUUGAGGCUACACAUGCAGACUAGUUCUGUCCAGUGUUUUAAAAUGAGAUUUUUGUUCCAGAAGAUUGUUAUGUAUAGUUCUCUUCCUGCUUGAUUAGAGUGCACAUAACAAGCGGUUUGGUUUUGAUGUUACCUCAAAACAUCAUAAGGGUAGUUUUAGUUACAUCGCUGCAGUAAAUUUAUUAGCUUACUUUGACUCUAGAUAUAAACUUUUUAUAUCGUUAUUAUACAAAUAAAAAAUUCCAAUUAGUAGUAAAA